UAACGCACUGCGGUAAAAAAGUAAAACGCUAAUGCUACGUUUGUUUGUGGCGGGAAAAAAAGACUGAAGCAACAACAGUGGCCAGAAGAAGUUGCUCAGAUUCCCAAAAACCCUAAAAAAUAACAAUUCACAGGAAUUUCCCAGAGUUUCGAAAUUAUUAAUAUCUCCAUCUCACGACACAAGUUCCCUUAACAAGAAGAAGCAUCGUUAGCCACCAGAAUUAAAGGAGAAUUAAAAGUUUGUCCGGUAAGUAUGUACUGGUUAGCCACCAGGAACGCCGUCGUUUCACUCCCCAAGUGGCGCUCCUUCACUCUCUUCCUUCGUUCUCCUGCUGCAACCAAAUUCAUUUCUUUUUCCCGCUCACCGCUGUUACUAAAUAGCAGGAAUGUUGAAAGGAUAAAUUGCUUAAAAGAUGGGAAAAUUUUGAAAGGGGUAACGAGAGGUAGCAAGAAACUUAAAGCGUCGAAUAAUAUUUUGGGUGAUAAGGAUCUCUCUCACAUUAUCUGGUGGAAGGAGAGGCUGCAUCAGUGCAGGAAGCCUUCUACUGUUCAGCUUGUUAAAAGGCUUAUGUAUUCGAAUUUGCUUGGCUUAAAUGUCGAGUUAAAAAAUGGGAGUCUGAAAGAUGGAAAUCUCAAUUGGGAGAUGCUGCAGUUCAAGUCAAAGUUUCCACGUGAGGUUUUGCUUUGCAGAGUUGGGGACUUUUAUGAAGCAAUAGGAAUAGAUGCUUGUAUUCUUGUUGAAUAUGCUGGUUUAAAUCCUUUUGGUGGGUUACGCACAGAUAGCGUUCCUAGAGCUGGCUGCCCUGUUGUGAAUCUUCGGCAAACUUUAGAUGACUUGACACGUAAUGGGUAUUCUGUGUGCAUAGUGGAGGAGGUUCAGGGUCCAACACAAGCUCGCUCUCGUAAAGGCCGGUUUAUAUCUGGGCAUGCACAUCCAGGCAAUCCGUAUGUAUUUGGACUUGCUGGGGUUGAUCAUGAUCUUGACUUUCCAGAACCGAUGCCUGUAGUUGGGAUAUCUCGUUCUGCAAGUGGUUAUUGCAUAGUUUCUGUCUUAGAGACUAUGAAAACAUAUUCAUCAGAGGAUGGUCUUACUGAGGAGGCUUUAGUUACCAAGCUUCGUACUUGUCGCUACCAUCAUCUAUUUCUUCAUGCAUCUUUAAGACACAAUUCCUCAGGAACCUGCCGUUGGGGAGAAUUUGGCGAGGGUGGACUAUUGUGGGGAGAAUGCAAUGCCAGACAUUUUGAAUGGUUUGAAGGCGAUCCUUUCACUGAGCUCCUGUUUAAGGUUAGGGAGCUUUAUGGUCUUGAUGAUGGAAUUGCAUUCAGAAAUGUCACUGUUCCUUCAGAUAAUAGGCCCCGUCCACUGCACCUUGGAACAGCAACACAAAUUGGUGCCAUACCAACAGAAGGAAUACCUUGUUUGUUGAAGGUGUUACUACCAUCCAAUUGCACUGGUCUACCUGUAUUAUAUGUGAGAGAUCUUUUGCUGAACCCUCCUGCUUAUGAAAUUGCAUCAACAAUUCAAGCAUCAUGCAAGCUUAUGAGCAGCAUAACAUGUUCGAUCCCAGAAUUUACUUGCAUUUCAUCUGCAAAGCUGGUGAAGCUUCUUGAACUGAGGGAGGCUAAUCAUUUAGAGUUUUGCAGAAUAAAAAAUGUUCUUGAUGAAAUCUUGCACAUGCAUAGAAACUCUGAGCUGAAUGAAAUUCUAAAGUCAUUAAUGGAUCCUACUUGGGUGGCAACUGGUUUGAAAAUUGAUUUUGAGACCUUAGUUAAUGAAUGUGAAUGGGCUUCAGGUAGAAUCUGUGAAAUGAUCUCUCUAGAUGGUGAACAUGACCAAAAGUUAAGCUCCUAUUCUGUUAUUCCUAUUGAUUUUUUUGAGGAUAUGGAGUCUUUGUGGAAAGGUCGUGUGAAGAGGGUCCAUAUAGAAGGAGAAUGUGCAGAAGUAGAUAGGGCAGCACAUGCCCUGUCAUCAGCAGUCACUGAAGAUUUCCUUCCUAUCAUUUCAAGAAUUAAAGCCACCACAGCCCCCCUUGGCGGUCCAAAGGGAGAGAUAUUAUAUGCUCGAGAUCAUGAUGCUGUUUGGUUCAAGGGAAAACGGUUUGCACCAUCAGUUUGGGCUGGUACUCCUGGGGAAGAACAAAUUAAACAGCUUAAACCUGCUAUGGAUUCUAAAGGUAGAAAAGUAGGUGAGGAAUGGUUCACUACCAUCAAGGUGGAGGAUGCUUUAAGGAGGUAUCAUGAUGCAAGUGAAAAGGCAAAGGCAAGGGUCUUGGAAUUGUUGAAGGGACUCUCUGCUGAGUUGCAGACAAAGAUCAAUAUCCUUGUUUUUGCUUCAAUGUUGCUUGUUAUAGCGAAGGCCCUAUUUGCUCACGUGAGUGAAGGGAGACGAAGGAAAUGGGUUUUCCCCACUCUUAUUGCGCUUGAUACGUCAAAGGACAUAAAAUCACUGGAUAGAGCUAAUGGAAUGAAAUUAAUUGCCCUGUCUCCUUACUGGCUUGAUGCAGCAGAAGGCAAUGCUGUUCAUAAUACAGUUGAUAUGCAGUCCUUGGUUCUUCUGACAGGGCCAAAUGGAGGCGGUAAAUCUAGUUUGCUUCGAUCAAUUUGCGCAUCUGCAUUACUUGGAAUAUGUGGGUUUAUGGUGCCUGCAGAAUCAGCCACCAUUCCUCACUUUGAUUCCAUUAUGCUUCACAUGAAAUCUUAUGAUAGUCCUGCUGAUGGGAAAAGUUCAUUCCAGGUGGAAAUGUCAGAAAUUCGGUCUCUCAUAGCUGGAGCCUCGUCAAGGAGUCUUGUACUCAUAGAUGAAAUAUGCCGAGGGACAGAAACAGCAAAAGGGACUUGUAUUGCUGGAAGCAUUGUUGAAACUCUUGAUAAAAUUGGUUGUCUGGGUAUUGUAUCAACGCACUUGCAUGGAAUCUUUGAUUUGCCACUUGAUACCAAGAACACCAUGUAUAAAGCAAUGGGAACAGAAUAUGUUGAUGGACAAACAAAACCAACUUGGAGGUUGAGAGAUGGAAUCUGUAGGGAAAGCCUUGCUUUUGAAACAGCAAAGAGGGAAGGGAUCCCUGAAACAAUAGUUCAAAGAGCUGAAGACUUGUACUUUUCUGCUUAUGCCAAACAAGUUUCUCCAGAGAGGCUUGAAGACAACAUAAGACAAUUUUGUUCUGGUGGUCCACCAAAGGAAGCUACAGCAGGAAGUUUUCAUGAUAAUACAAAAUCAGCAAAGAAAAUGGAAGUCAUAGAGAAGAAGGAUGUUGAGACUGCUAUAACCAUAAUAUGCCAGAGGAAGCUAAUUGAGCUCUACAAGCAGAAAAACACAUCAGAGCCUGCAGUUGUGCAGUGUGUUGCCAUUGGUGCUAGGGAACAGCCUCCUCCAUCAACCAUAGGUGCUUCGUGUGUCUAUGUGAUGUUGAGACCGGACAAGAGGCUAUAUGUUGGAGUGACAGAUGAUCUUGAGGGCCGAGUUCGUGCUCAUCGAUCAAAGGAGGGGAUGCAUAAUGCUUCUUUUCUAUAUUUUAUAGUUCAAGGAAAGAGCAUUGCUUGCCAACUGGAAACUCUUCUAAUCAAUCAGCUCCCUUGUAAAGGCUUCCAACUGACUAACAUGGCUGAUGGUAAACAUCGGAAUUUUGGCACAACCAAUCUCUCUCUUGAAAGCGUGUCUGUCACUUGAUGCAUCUGAGGACCUCAAUUCCCACUUUUUCAAAGCAUAUCUUUAUGGAGAUAAAUGGUUUUCCUGGCGUAUGUGUUAGAAAAAGUUACGUGGGAAGGUUUCCAAGGGUGGGGUGGGUGGCUGGGUGGGGAGGGGAGGGGGAGGUUUCCCAUUGAAUAUAUUGACAAGAAGAUGAGGUAGAAUUGAAGAGCAGUGGUUGCAACAAUUUUGUUUUUUGUCAGUUGCUUCACUUGCAGGGGAUGCGGGUCACCCGCCGGGAAGAGGAGAUGUUUCCUUGGAUAAGUUGAGGGUAAAAUUUUGUUAUACAUUGAUGUAUUUUGCGAUGUAUCUAGUAGUGCCUGUAUAUUAAUUGCUCUAUAAUUCAUACAAAUAUAUAUAUUUCUCCCUGGUUUCACUU